CUUGCUAUUCUCAAAAAAUAAAAAACAAAAUCUGUCUUUUUAGGGGAAGAAAAGUAGGAAAGCUUUAUCUCAUUUUCCUAGUGGCUUCAUAAUGCAGGGACCUGCCCCCAGGGAACAGGGUACAGUAGAGGAAACACAUAGGGGUGUUUAGAGUUUGGGGGAAGGCAGGUGAGCUCUGGGCACUGACCCGUCACCAGCUAUUUUUCAAGGAGUCUGAGUGGUGUUAACCUGCAGUCUACCCCGUGAGAUUGCUCAGAGUGUAGGAGGAUAUGGUUUACUGGCUCCAGAAAGCAGCUAUUAUAACUGAGGAGGAAAUGAAGCUUGACUGGCUAGAACAGAAGCAACAAUGGAGGCCCAUGGAGGGAUUUUCCAGGCCCCUAUUCCUGAUCUCUAAAGUGGCGCUGCUUCCCUUAUUCUGCAGUCUUGCUUUGAGACCAGACAAUUCUGUACUCUGUCUGUGCCUCCUUCCUUCUCAGCAGCCCUGCCUCUACCACCUGCCCCAGAAGGGCUCUGGGUCCUCUCAUCUCAGGACAGACAAAGAUUUUUGUAAUUAUCUUCUUGGGUAACCUCCCUGUAAGGAAUAGGAGAGGUUAUCUGGUCCUGGUCUUUUGGGAGAGCAUUGAGAGGAAAAAGUUAAACCAGUGGGCAGCCCAGGCUGCAUACAUCCUGGGAAUAUUGCGAUUAUUCUCUCCAGUAAUCUAGGGAAAUCUACUGGUUGUUCUGCAGAAAAAGAAUUAAGAGAGAACAGGAGACCUGUUGUCUAAGCCUAAGGCAGGAUGAGGUUUACCUAGUAACUGAUGACGCUAGGCUGAGGCACUCAGCGAUUUGUCUCUACAUCUGUCCCCGCCUACCUAGCAAAUCUGUCCCUGUUUGAACACUGGUCUCCCGUGAGCUGGAAGGAACAGGUUUAAUAUCUAGGGGCUGGGUAUCCCCAAAUCACUCAUUUGGGGGGAUCAAGGGACCCGGGCAAUAUAGUAUUCUGCUCAGUGUCUGGAGAUCAUCUACCCAGGCUGGAGCUUCUGGGACAGGUGAGGACCCACGGACCCUGGAAGAGCUGGUCCAGGGGAUUGAACUCCGGGCAUCUCUACAGAGCAGAGCAUGAUCAUAUUCCUGCCGCUGCUGCUGGGGCUCAGCCUGGGCUGCACAAGAGCAGGUGGCUUUGUGGCCCAUGUGGAAAGCACCUGUCUACUGGAUGAUGAUGGGACUGCAAAGGAUUUCACAUACUGUAUCUCCUUCAACAAGGAUCUGCUGACCUGCUGGGAUCCAGAGGAGAACAAGAUGGUCCCUUGCGAAUUUGGGGUGCUGAAUCCCUUGGCCAAUGGCAUCUCACAUUACCUCAACCAACAGGACACCCUGAUGCAGCGCUUGCGCAAUGGGCUUCAGAAUUGUACCACACACACCCAGCCCUUCUGGGGAUCACUGACCCACAGGACACGGCCACCAUCUGUGCAAGUAGCCCAAACCACUCCUUUUAACACGAGGGAGCCUGUGAUGCUGGCCUGCUAUGUGUGGGGCUUCUACCCAGCAGAUGUGACCAUCACGUGGAUGAAGAACGGGAAUCUUGUCAUCCCUCACGGCAGUGGCCAGAAGACGGCCCAGCCCAAUGGAGACUGGACGUACCAGACCCUCUCCUAUUUAGCCUUAACCCCCUCUUACGGGGACACCUACACCUGUGUGGUGGAGCACAUUGGGGCUCCUGAGCCCAUCCUUCGGGACUGGAGAAAAGAAUCUGAGUGGGACAUGAUUCAGAACAGGACCAGCCCAAGGAAGUGCAGGGGCUGUGGAGUGGGAUGGAGACAAGCUCCAUGGGACAUCUAGAUGUAGAAGGUACACAAGUAGUAGGAUAACUCACAGGAUGGAUCCACUGGAGGUUAAGACACGUGGUAAGACAGUGUAACAGGAAGCUGCUCAGUCGGAGAAAGUAAGGAAGCAAACGUUGUCACCGUGGGGGCAAUGGAGAGGACAGUGAGGAGCCCUUUAUCCUGGUAAGAGUGCCUUUUGGGUAAAGAAAGGAAAGAGGAUGCCUUGAGAGGCGCCACUGUAUUAGAGAGGACCUGGAAGACAGGAUACUAAUUCUGGGGAGAUGGGUUCCCCAGGCUUACUCUAGGAGUAGAGGCCCAUGGGAUGAGGGUUUGAUUUGAGAAAGAUCAUUUUCUUGGGAGUGGGUGGUGCGAGCUAGACCCUUAGAGCUGGGAUAAAGGACCUUUUAACCUACUGAGAGGUGGCUGCAAUAAAUGGAAUUGCCCUGGGGGUGAGCAACAGAAAUUGGUUCAAGUAAGUUU